AUGCAAAUAUAUACCCAUACUCCCAUCUGUCCCUAUGGACAGGACCACGAGCUGCACGAGGUGAGGAAGUCCUUAUGUGUGGCUGAAGACGCUCUACACAACUGUGACCAGUGCACCGUACUGCGACUGCAACUGACCACUGCACAGGAGACUCUGUGUGACACCAAGGCUAAACUACACCAGCAACGUAUAGGCAGUUUGGAAAACCCUGAACUCCCUGAAACCCUACCCCAGCCUACCACGGGUGGGGGCAAUGAUACCAAGCCAAACCUUGACCGAAGUGAUAUCACAGCCCCAACACACGACCAGCGGACUGCAGCCGUUGGAGAUGACGGUGACAGCGGCGACUUGCGGGUGGCACUGUCGACUGUGGCACAGACGAAAAACCUAGCAAUCCUAUCCGGCCUCACCAACCAGGUGAACGCGUUAAAAAAGGACAACCAAGCGUUAAAAGCGUCGGUGCAGACCCUCAAACGCAAGGGCUUAGAGGAUAUCACCGCCGGGGCACUCAAAUUGCAAACCACGCACACCAACAACAACGCACAGGGGAGCAAGCGGACUAAGCUUGUGGACAUGCUGGCUGGAUCAGCGGGGAAGGGCGGGGCUGUAAACGUUGAGCAGCACGUGCUUAAACGACAUGGUAGUAUGUCUGCUGUGGUCGCAGUCUAUGUGUGUCCAGUGUAUUUGGUAUUGAGUUACAAUCCCAUGCGGGUUCCUGAGCAGCACAAGUCGACUGGGGAUUACAACUCUGAAGCAGGGCCACCGAAUAGAGGUCCCUUAUUGCAGGGCAGGCGAUUGUUUGGUGCAACAUUUGGGACAAAAGCAGCGACCAUUCGAGACAAGAAGGCAGCAUCAUCUGACAGAGCCAGGAGGACGGACGCUUUAAAACAGCUAGACAACGACUAG